CUGUGGGCGGUCCGGGAGGCGGAGCAGGGUCUGCAAGCCUGGCAGAGUCGCGCAAGGCGCAAGCCGCCGUUACCAGUUUCGCGUUCCUGUCACCUGCGUUUUGGUCGCCUGCUUGCCGCGGCAGCAUGGGGCCUUCGCCGCGCAGCCUGGAGCUCUUCUACGAUGUGCUGUCUCCCUACAGCUGGUUGGGCUUCGAGGUCCUGUGCAGGUAUCAGAACAUCUGGAACAUCAAGCUGCAGUUGCGGCCGACCUAUAUUGCAGGGGUCAUGCAAGACAGCGGAAACAAGCCACCAGUUCUGAUUCCUCGAAAAGCCCACUAUAUGCAAAAAGACCUUAAGCACCUGAAAAAGCAUUUCCAGAUCCCCCUCAGGUACCCCAAGGAUUUCAACUUGGUGAUUCUUCAAAAAGGAAGUUUGUCUGCCAUGAGGUUCCUGACUGCCCUCAGCAUGGAGCACCCAGAGAGUCUGGAAAAGGCGUCUAGGGAGCUAUGGAUGCGCGUCUGGUCACGGGACGAAGACAUCGUGGAGCCCCAGAGCAUCCUGGCUGCAGCACAGAAGGCUGGUUUAUCUGCAGAGAUAGCUCAAGGCCUUCUAGAGAAGAGCUCCACAGCCCAAGUAAAAGAUCAGCUCAAGAAAACCACUGAGGCAGCCUGCAAAUAUGGGGCCUUCGGGUUGCCCAUCACUGUGGCUCAUAUAGAUGGCCAGACACACAUGUUAUUUGGCUCUGACCGCAUGGAAUUGCUGGCAUACCUGCUGGGAAAACAUACCCUACCAGUGAUGCUCAAGGCUGAAUUGGGAGGAGCCAGCGGGUCCCUGAGGAGAAAAGGAAGUCUUCAGCAAGCCUCUUCCUUGAAGCCAAGCAGAGCUUUUUCUAGAAAACUCCUGAGUCUUAUGGGCCAUCCCCCCUGCUGCUAGCACACCUGAGAAUAGUGUGUAAACAUCCCUAAUUUUCUUCGGAGAAAAGUGGAUGGGCCCUGUGCCUCCAGCCCUGAAUGCCAAACUUUAAGCCUGUCUGGAAGAAGCAAGCUGUUGCAGGCCACCUGCUCCAGGUCCAUUGAUUUGCCCAUUUGAUAGAUGUGCCCUUGGCUUUGGGGGCUGUCUGUCUUCUGCCUAUCCCCAGGGAUGCCCAAGAAGGGGUCUACUGUAAGCCGUAGUUGCCUUUACAUAGAAGCUUCACAAAAUGCCUUUGGAGAAAUCCACAUUAUUCUUUUCCAAAAGUAAAUCUAAGGUGAUUAGCUAAAGCA